UUUAGCGAGGCGGUUGCGUCAGAGCUUCAGGUGAGCAUAUGAAAACAGCCAUGAGGAAUAGUGUCCUCCUAAGGCUGCAACAUUCUUCAUGACACCGUGUCAUGCUCAGCUCGCGCACUGUGAGGGCACGGCUUAGGCGUCUUCCUAGCAACAUGAUAUGAUCGAAGCGUCCCAACGCCGCCUAUCGCCCUUGGACACCCGCAGGGCCCAUGACGACCGCCAUGGCAAGUAAUGAGUCAAAUGCGUCCUCGCACGCAAACCAGUACAUCCGCGAGGUCCUCCACUCUACCGAGGCACCGCCUACGAUACCCGUUCGCUACUUCUACACCUCACCGCUCGCUAUCGACGACCCGCUUUCUCCUCUUCCGCCUCCGCCAACAGGCUCCACGAGCGGAAAGAGGCUGCCACCGCGACCGUUUUCGGAAUACGACAACGACGCUAUUCAAGAGUCCUGGUUGGACCUAAGGAAGAAGAUACUAAAGCGUAAUGAGGAACUCGGGGAGAAAGAAGGUACGGGACGGGGCACACCGACCAAUUCGGCCGUUGCGCGGUUGACGAGGAAGAGAGGAGGGAGCACAUCUAGUGACGAAGGCUCAACACAAGGAAGAGACAUACCAGGUACAAGGUCCACUAGUAGAGGGCGGUACUCGAGGUCUGCCGAGCUGGUGGAGCGAAGGAGACCAGGCUCCAGCGGCGGAAGCCAGGGCCCGACCAUGUUUGGGUCGCUCAAGGCACUCGAUCCGGGCCAAAUAUCACCAUCCGAGCCUACAACGACCGGAACGCCGUUUAUCCGAGCACCUUCGCGCGGGAAUAUAUCAAAGGCAUGGAAGCCUGCACCGAUGGAAGGAGGCUACCGGCCAACCAUACACGAGCAGGACAGCUACAAGUGGGACGACGACAUGGAGCCUGCUCUGCCAGGACUGAAGGACAAAGGGCCAGCAAAAAGACCGUCGAAGCCGAAAGCAGGGCCUUCCGCACAAGUCCCUGUCGGUGUGUCAAGACUACACCAUGUGGUCAUGGACGCCGACUCGAUACGAAUGGAGCCAAUCUACUGGUCGCCACUCAGCGAUGUCGCGCAGAUAGUCCGAGGGACGUGGUUCUACAAGGAUUCCAUGAUGCCAGUGGAGGUUGAGGUCGCGAACAUGCUUGAGGCGGGCUAUCUGGAAAUGCAACCUUGGACACAGACGUGGAAGGAUGAGUUGAACAGCGCGGUGGAAGUGGGCGCGUUCGGCGAAAUGAAGAUUCUACACAAUCUCUGGCCUGACAAACCAAAGAAGCCCGAAAGCCGUCCCUCAACUUCGCAGCAGAUGCAGACGACAGGCCUAGUGCAGAGCACGCUACCAGGAGGCGAGGACGAUCCAGUGAAGGAGCGACGUGAGAUUGUAGAGAACGCCUGUGAUCUAAUAGACAUCUCAACAGGCCCCAAUGGUUCAGAUCACAAGGCAGCUGGAGAUCUCGAGUACGGCGCGGACGGACGAAAGCGCCUAUAUCUCAAGGCUGGUGUCAUUUACGCAAAAGACGAUGAAGCGUAUAUUCUGAAGCCGACACUCCAGCCAUCAGAGUACUAUGGCAGACGUCCACUUGCGAACUACAUCCGCAAAGGCAGGUCUAUCGGCGUGUGUGUUGUGCGAGGAUUCGAUCAAGCGAUAUGGGACAGGUUGCACCCCAGCAAGAACACACCUCAGGCACAAGCAGCGCGCGAAGGUGUAUCGUCAUCCCAAGCAGGCGCCCCACAGUACCGACGGCAGAAGUCGGAUCCUGAUCUUGCGCAGUCUGAACGACCCAAGGUCACGGACUUGGUGCUUGUCAUACAUGGUAUUGGACAGAAGCUGUCAGAGCGCAUGGAGACUUUCCACUUCACGCAUGCCAUGAAUGCUUACCGGCGAGAGGUCAACGUCGAGCUGGGAACGCCAGAUGUCAAGCGCCACUUGCGAAAGGAUAUGGGAGGCAUUAUGGUGUUGCCAGUGAACUGGCGACACCGUGUCUCCCUCGAGGUGGAUGCCACUGAGAACCCAGAGGUUGAAGAUCCUGCAACUAAUAAAUACACGCUCAAAGACAUCACCCCGGACACCCUACCUUCUGUUCGUGGCAUUGUUAGUGACGUGAUGCUCGACAUCCCUUACUAUCUUUCGCCGAUGCAUAAUCCUAAGAUGACGUCUGCAUGUAUACAAGAAGCGAACCGUAUAUACCGCUUAUGGUGUGCCAACAAUCCCGGGUUUGCAGAAUAUGGACGAGUGCAUUUGAUCGCACACUCGCUCGGUUCAGUCAUGGCCAUUGACAUUUUGAGCCAGCAACCAACAUACAUCGACCCGCGGUUCAGCGAACCUUCUCUACAGGAAGAGGACCUCCCUAAGGAUCAGUUUAUAUUCAAUACCACAGAUUUGUUUGUGUGCGGCAGCCCAGUCGGCCUCUUCCUUCUUAUGAGGAACGCAAAUCUCCUUCCUCGCCGCGACAAAGAGAAACCCGGCGCAGAUUCAUACGCCGCACCCGGCGUGGCCGGAGAGCAGGGGACUUACGGCUGCCUGGCUGUCGACAACAUCUACAAUAUCAUCAACCCAUACGAUCCCGUCGCAUGCCGCAUCAAUCCCACCGUCGACGUCGUCUACGCUUCUAUGCUCAAGCCCACCACCAUCCCUUCCGCAUCAUCGUCGUACUUCUCCUUUGCCAACCCAUUCCGUCGCGCCGACUCCUCCAACCACCCAGACAAGCCAUCUACACUUCGACUCCCUUCCAACGUAGAGCUCGAAACCCACAACUUUACAAGAGAGGAGAUUGCAGAGAAACGGGCGUAUCUGCUGAAUGAUAAUGGCCAGAUUGACUACUAUAUGAAGUAUGGAGGUGGGCCGUUGGAGAUCCAGUAUCUCACCAUGCUGGGCGCGCAUAGUAGUUAUUGGUUGAGUAGGGAUUUUGUGAGGAUGAUUGUUGUAGAGGUUGGACGGGAACUGGGAAAGGAAGGUACUGUAAAGGCCAUGAGGGCGCAGAAAAAGAAGAUUAUCGUGGGAGGAGGGGCGUAGCGGUGUGGAAUCCCGUGACAAGGAGGUGAAGUUUGCGAGGGGAGGGUGUUCCGAGACGAAUUGUGAAGUCACAUUGCAUGUAUUUUCUUUCCCGUUUAGCAUAGGUAUUAUACCCCAUUCUGGCGCAUAGUUAGAUUUGCAUGGACUUGAUUUACAAGACUGAUAAUUUAUUGAUAUAUGACUC